AUGUUUCAAGCAUGGAAGAGUGAACGCUUGCAAAAGAUCAAUAAAGAAAGACAAGAACGAUUACGGAAUCUCGAGAAAGAAAAAUUGAAACAGAAACAAGAAAAAGACGAAAAAACACAAGAGGCUCAAAAAGCAUUCAACACUUGGUGUGAAGAGAAGAAAAUUAAAAAUGAAAAACGUAAGCAACUGGAAUCUAAAAAAACAAUGGAAGUUCAGAACAAAAAUCAAAAAGAGUACAAAGAGGUGCUUGCAAAAGAAGCUUACGAUGUUUGGCUUCAAAUAAAGAAAAAUGAACGUCGUUUCAAUGAAUCAUUGCGAGGUCGGAUUUUGAAAUUGGAUGAAAUUUCACGCCAUUCUCAACUUAUUCCUUGGAUACCGCCAAAAAAUGUCAGUUCACGGCAGUUUGCAGCAAAACAUUCACGAGAGCACCAGUCUACUAAGAGAUCUGUAAAUACUAUGCGGCGAAAAGUGCCGGAAGUGUUUCACCGUUCAAAAUCUGCCCUCAGAUAA